AGUCUGUUGCAUUGCCUUCACAACGUGCUGCUCUGAUGGCAGAGAGCAGAAACGUAAGUCACUACCACAACGAAAGGUUUGAGGUGCGCUUUCCACGCGAAGUGUUUUAUUCUUCUUAAUUUUGUUUUAGCGAGGCAGCUGCACCCAGGUCAUAGCAGCUGUGCUCGGUUGAAUACAGGCGAUCAUCGGUACGUUAACAGCAUAGAAGGCUCAUAGAGCGGGAGGAAAGGCUGAAUAGGGAGCGAAAUAGAUACAGUGUAACAGUUUCUUUCUUUUUUCCUCUGCUUCUGAUUCGCCCUUGUAUUUUUGUACUACUUCGUUUUGGUCGACCUUUCUCUCCUCGCUCUCGCUGCGAGUGUUAUCACGUGUGCGAUCCGCGUGUUCUCGCUUUAUAGAGAUUCGUCGUUGUCCUUUUUUUUUUGGCUGGGGUCUUUCAAUAUUCCAGGCGGUAAAUAGAUUCGUUAUAGUUGUAGUAAUUUACCAGUGAUCAUCUAUACCAUGUCAGAGGUCACCGAUGUGUGGCUACUGGCGGUGGCUCUGGACGGUGAGGACACGUUCUGGCUGUGCGAGCCAGCGAAUCUGAAGCCGCUCGCAGAGGACUGGAGGACGACCAAGUGCCGCUGGCUGUACCCUGUAGUAGAAAAUGUGAGCCGCUUCGCCGAUCUGGACGGCUUCGCGAGCACUGACGCGGUCUACGAGGUGGAGUGGUCGGGGAUGUCGAAGGUGCUGCGCGCCGCCACCUUGGCGUGGAACGUGAAGUGCAAGCGGCAGAAGGUGGACCGCAUCACCUACGUCUUCGUCCCAGCGGAGGAAAUGAAGCUGCUGGAUGAGGCCUACAGCAAGUUCACAAAGCUGGAAGCAACGAAGCCGCCGUUGCCGCGCUCUGCUCCUGCGACAUCGUCAUCACACGGCGAAGCACGCGAGACCGCACCAGCUUUUUCUGUUGGGCCGGCUGAAGUAAAGGCACCAUCCAAGGAGGUCUCGGAGGAGCAGGCCACGGAAAACCCUGUAGCCGACACUGGCGGCGAUGUACCGCUGGUGGAUGCGACAGUAGCGCGAGCUGCCUCCGCGACGCCCAUAAAGGUGGAGGCGGAAGAGGAGGAGGACAAGAGCAGUGGCGCGACGGCGCUGGAGCAGCCCGACGCCGGGGAGGAGAACGGGGACGUUGCCUCCUCCUCCGUGGGGCGGCAGAACCGCACCGGAGCCUUUCUCCACCGCAGCAGCAGCUCCUACAACGCGGUGCCUUCGCACAAGCGACAAAAGCCGCACCAAGGGACGACGGUGUAUCAGGCGCCAAACCACUCCAAGCCCAUGGGCGAUCACCGCAGCGGCGAGGCCUUUGACUGGCCGGAGAUGUUCUUGGUGCACCGCGGCAGUGUGGACUUCCUCUGCCCUCACGCUACCAACAACAGCUACGGCUUCCGCCUCGACCGUGUCAUGCACGACGGUUUCCCUGUCUUUCUCCUCUUCCCUAGCAGCAAGAACAACAGCGAAGCGGUCGACUCCAGCGCGCGUGGUGUGCCAGUGUUUGAGAAGGCGAAGCUGAGCGGCGAGGGCGGCGAGGGGGGCAUUCGUAAUUGCGUCCUUGUGCUGACUCGCCUCAGCUCGAAGAAGCACCAGCCGUAUUACCGCAGAAACACGAGACGACGCGUGCGUGGCGGUCGCAGCCUCAGCGACGAAGACUCCAUCACAGAGGAAGAGGAGGAGGAGGAGGAGGAAGAGGUAGAAGACGACGAUGACACAGACGAUGACGACGACUCAGACGAGGACGAAGACGAGCUGGAGGACAUCCACGAUGACGGCAAGCCCACCUUGCCAACACAGGAGCGGCGCACGAGCGCAAAGGCGAAAUCAAGUCCACCACCGCUGAAGACGUCCAAGACAGAGCCUUCUUUGGCGACCGAGGAGGCGAGCGCGCCUAGGCGUAAACAUAGGCGCAGAGGCGCCGAACCAAAGGAGGAGUCGCCGCUGCAGGCUGUCAGCGUCAACUUCUGGACAGACCCGCAGGGUGUGGUUCCUGCGGUGGGUCAGCUCGCGAAGGAUUUUCCCUUCCACGCCGAAGGUGCCAACACGCCGCAAACAGUGGUGUUCAGCGACGGCGUUUGUGUCACCUACACCGCCGCCACCGCUGGAAAGCAUGCCCCGCCGGAGAAGAGGCGGAAAGCGGCUAAACCCGGGCACACGGCUGCCUCCACGGAGGACGCUGAUCUUAGCAUGCUCAACGAGCACAUUCUGAAUGCCUUCGCGCAGGUGCGAAAAGAGAGCGCGUAG